CAUUAAAUGUCAAAGAUGAAUUCUGAAGAUGUCCUCCCACCUAUAAGAGACAUCUGUGUAUGUAAAUUGAUAAAAAGAAUGCAGUUGGCUUUUCUUGGGUUAUUUUGGACGGAAAGAAAAACCAUAAAAGCAAGGGACUGGUUCAAUAAAACUGUAAAAAUAGAUCCUGAUCUAGGAGAUGCUUGGGCAUAUUAUUACAAAUUUGAAUUGAUUCAUGGAACUGAGGAACAACAAGAAGACGUUAAGAAACGUUGUGUUCAUGCAGAACCACGCCAUGGCGAAAACUGGUGUAAAGUUUCAAAGAACAUAAAUAACUGGAGGAAAAAAACAGAGCAAAUAUUGAUUAUGACAGCUGCAUCAUUAAACAUACCUACAUAAUAUAAAUACUUACAGCAUGUAAAUAGCGUUUUUUUUAAUUAGAAUAUUGUGUAUUUACUUACAAAAAAACACCACUGUGUUAAAUGUUAUGUUAAUUUUAAUUCUAAUUUUAUAUUCUGAAGUAGAACUAUCAUUUUAUCAAAAAUUUGGGUACUUUCUGAUUAUCUGCACCUCCACCGAAAAGUUGCAAACUUUGUGAAGACCUUGGAAAGCAUUUGCUAACUCAUUGGCUACUGAAUUUUUGUCAAGCUCAUGCACCACACGGUGCAGCCAGUUUCAAAAUGGCAGCCUACUAGGAUUUCCAUAGAAGAGCAACAUUCAAUGAAUUUUUUAAAAAAUUCAUAAGAAAACAUUUACUUUUUCUGAGAAACCCUUCUGUACCAUCUGCAUUUUUAUUUAUUUAUUUAUUUAUUUCGAAAAAAUAGGACUACACAUCCUUUCUAGCUGAAACAGAUGUGCUUUGCAUGCAUGUACAUCGGUAGCCACAUAAAUAUAUUUUUGUGACAUCAUGGUUGCCACAUAACUAUAUUGGAAACAUACUGCUAUACUUCAAAAAUACUUUUUUUUCCCCCAGCUUUUCAAGAGAGAGAGGAAAUGUAUAAUCAGAAAGUACAAAAAUUCUCUCAGCUAAUAAAUGAAAAGUUUUUUUACUACUUUUAAAUUUAUCAUUGAAAACAGAAGAAUUUUUGCCAACCAAAUGUAAAAUGAGAAUUGUAUUUUAUUUCAUCAGGAUAUCAUUUCUUCAAUCUCAUUUAAUGUAUACCCAUUAUUAAAAAUUUCAUCAACAGCUCGAAGGAUUUUAGCAUUCAAGCUUUUGAAUUUUCCUUGUUUUGGUUGUUGUACAAUAUGUCAUUUUAUUUUUCGUAAUAAAACAUUCAUAUAUAUAUAUAUA